CCCCUGUGUUUCCCUGGAGACGCUUUCCGCUUCCCCUUCUGCUCCUAGCCAGGCCAACUUCCCUGGAAAGAGAAGCCCGCCGGCGCCCAGCACCCGCCGCCUGAAGCACCUAAGACAGGGGACACAGCGCCACAGUCCCAGAACCGGUUUUCUGAGUCUCCAAUGACCACCCUUCCCCCACUUCCUGUGACUCGCACAACGCUUGCAGCCUUAGCCAAGAAGAAGCUGCCAUGCUCUAAAGGAAAAAUCCCAAGGGCUCAGCUGCUCAAAGAAAAAGAUGACAUAGAUAAUUACGUGGAGCAGAAUUUCAAAGGCCUGUCGAAGGAGGAGGUCGCCGCGCACCGGAACUCGUACAAGAUGAGCAUCUGUGUGGACAUGCUGCGCGACGGCUACCACAAGUCCUUCACAGAGCUCUUCGCGCUGAUGGAGCAGUGGGAAUUUCGGCGGAAAACUGCGGAGGCGCAGGCCAUCUUCUGGUUGCAGAGGCCGCUGGAGCAGCAGAGGGACAAGUUGGACAAUUUCUACCACUUCCUGACUAGGGCGGAGGCCGCGGAGAGGAAAGAAUACUAUGAUGAUGUGUAUGACAAUUUGUACGCUCUGGCCUGUUACUUCGACAAUGCUGAGGACAAAUGGGUGAGGAAUCACUUCUAUGAACGCUGUUUUAAUAUUGCUCAGCUCAUCAAAUUCGAUGGUGGGAAGAAGGAAGCAGAGGCACAGGCACAUAUGGGCCUACUUUUUGAAGAAGAAGGUGAGCUUCUGAAAGCUGCCCACCAUUAUGAGGCAUUCCACGAACUGACGCAGGGGCGGCUAUGGAAGGAUGAGACGGGUCAGCUUCUCAACUUGCUGGCCUGUGAAAAUCUCGUGAGGACCUACAGACUGCUCGCCGACAAAAUGCUGGAAAACAAAGAAUACAAACAGGCCAUCAAAAUUCUAAUAAAAGCUUCUGAAAUAGCCAAAGAAGGAAAUAACACAGCCGUGGAAGGAGAAGCCUCUUAUUACCUGGGGCUAGCCCACCUGGCAGCUGGAGAAUAUGAAACUGCACUAACGGUGCUCCAUAGGUACUGUGACAUCGCUGCAGACACGGACGAUGAGCUCAGCCUGGGGAGAGCCUACGAGGCGAUUGCCAAGGUCCUGCAGUGCCAAGGAGAGAUGGGAGAAGCCAUUAAUUACUUGGAGAAGGUUGUGAACAUUGCAAGGAAAAACCUCCAGAGCCUCGACGUGAUACGCGCAAGCACGAUGCUUGGAGACAUCUACAACGAAAAGGGCCAGUACAGCCAGGCUUCCGAGCUCUUCCAGCAAGCUUUCAGCACCGCGAUGGAGCUCAUGAAAAGAGGGCUGAUGGAUGAAACCAAAGUUCACUAUGGGAUAGCCAGAGCCCACCAGAUGAUGCUCACCAUGAUGGGUUAUAUCGAAUCUGCCGACGUGAAGAGCCUCAACUGCCUGCUGUCCUGGAAGGAGACUAGAACUCACGUGCAAUAUGACCCGAUUCUGGGACAGUCUAGAAGAUCCACGGAGCAUGACAUCUAUCAGUACCCAGAUGCCCUGGAAGAGCAGAAAGGAUCUCCAGAUAAUCGAUAAAAUGAAACAAGUGGCUUGACAUUAAAGCAAGAAGAAAUUUAGCAUAUAACCUUAGGCUUCCUUAGAUAGGAGCACGUAACAAGUGAUGUAGACUUACAGAAAAAGAUUGUGAUUAUUUCUAUUGAACUUUGUGCUGCAGUGACUAUGGCAAGUUUAUGAAGAUGAAGAACAUCUCAGAUGAUUAGAAAGAUCAACAGUUACUUAUGAAAUAAACUGUCUCCUCCUACCCACUGCUUCACAAGAAGCUGUGGCAGCCAAGAGUUUUAAUUUUAAUUGUUUCUGAUUGCCAAAUACUUAAAGUUAAAGAAACCUUUUUGUGCUGAAUAAAUACAUGAUAGUCUUUGCUAAAACUCCAGGGAAAGCUCCCAGCACACACGAAGGGCCACAAGAAGUCUGUGUGCUUGUAUUGCUGAGUGUUGCUCAGCGUACUUUGUGUAGAAUCUUAAACUUACGGCUAACAGGACACAGCCUCACAUGUCCAUGCACAUCUGAGACAGGUGGAGUAAUGCUUCAGUCUCAGGAACCUUGGCUGGUGUGCUUACAACGAAAGGAUGGAGUUGAAACGGUUCCCUCUAAAACUCUUUCAGUCCCCGGGUGAAUCCAUAACAGUAGUACAUGACUAAGAUAAAGACUAAUUCCCUUUCAGCGCCGUCAGGCACGCUCUGGUUCUGCUUCCUUCACUGAUUUGCAGUGGCGGAGCCACAAUCCUGGAACAAUGCAGUGGCCAGACGGUGUUCAGGCGAGCGGGGGUGCUGCUCUCGGCACAGGACAGGGACCGGCUCAGCAAUGCCGCGACGAAGAUGAUUCGGUGCCCACACUAAAACGCUUACGUAAGGCGUUCCCCCCCACACACAAUCAGAACGUAGCUCCCUCUUUUUAAGCCUGCCUAGGCUUCAGGCAGAUUGGAGCUAGAGGGUACUGAGAUGCGACCUUGCUUCUCCCCUGCUAGGGAGGGAAGAAGUGUUGAGGACAUGGUUAAUAAUCGCCAACAGAGCGCCUCCUGAGAGAGCGGGUCUUUUAUUUCCAGAAAUGUGCUACUUGCUCCUACGAAAAUGGGUCGCUGACCAGGAACUGACAGACAGACUGGUAAACCAGGAAAAAAAAACUAAAUUGAUAUUAAAAUUUUAACAUGUGAGGAAGAAGGCACUCUGAAUGAUGGGAACUGAGUGUGCUGGCUCCCACCUUUAAGCCCAGCACUCAGGAAGGAGAAGAAGAAUCUUGACUCUACGUCGUAGAGUUCAGCUAGGGCUACGUAGUAAGACCUUGUCUAAAGGGGGGAAAACAUGGCCUACCUGGUCACGGAAGUGCGGAGUCCCCUGGCUAUCUGCAUAAGAAAUAUAGAAUGACAGCUAAGGCCUAUGUUUAUCUACAUGAGAACUAUAGAACAGCUGAACGGAGAAACCCCCCCCUUCUAGUCACAGAUUGAGAAACAUCUUUUUUUACAUUUUUUACUCAUUCUCUCAUAUUCCAACUGAAGUUUCCCCUUCCCCCUCUCCUCCCAGUCUGCUCCAAACCCUAUCCAUUCCUCCUCUCUCCUCCUCCUUUUCCCUUCAGAAAAAAAGCAGGCCCUUCAGGGAAAGGCACGACCACUUGCAAUAAGACUGGCCCCACCUUUCAUAUUAAUGCUGGAUGAGGCACCCCAGUGGGAGGAAAGGGUCCCCAGAAGAGUCAGCGACAGCCCCCGUUUCCACUGUUAGGAGUCCCACAAGACCAAGCUUGCACCACUGUAACAGAUACACAGAGGACCAGAUGUCAGACACGUCCGGGCUCCUGAUUGAUUAUUGGUGCAGUUUUUGUGAGCCCCUGUGAGCCCAGGCAAGAAACAUCUUUCUAAAACAAAUAAAAAAUAAAAUAGAAAAGCCAAGGCCAGGCAUCGGAUUAACAACGACAACAAACAUGAGUGCAUUAGGAAAGUUUAUUAAGUAGAGCUGUUUUCCCAGAACUCAGGAAGCACAGGGAAGAAGAUGGCUACAAGUUCAAGGCCAAUCCGCUCUAUACAGGCCAGCCUGGGCUCCAUGGUGUGAGACCUUGUUUCAAAAUGUUUAUGUUUCAAAAGACAUAAACAUCAUAAAUAAUUUUAGUAAAAUAAAAUUAACCUCCAACAGCAGAGUGAGAGACCAGGUUAUCACAGCAAAAAGAGAAUGUGUAUAAAAACACAAAUACUUUAGAAUAUUGUAAUUUAAUAAAGAGAAAGAACAAAUGACAAACAAGAAAUAAAAUCUAAUGGAAAAGGGUAACCCAUAGAGAUGAUUCGGUGAAGAAAAAUAGAAGUGCUAAAACACACAGAAAUCCGUAGCCAAGCCAGCCAUCUGUGUGUGGCUGGCGAGAAUGGGACAGGACCAUCAGGGGAGGACAAUAUGGCAGGUCCUUGACAGGGUGUGUGUGUGUGUGUGUGUGUGUGUGUGUGUGUGAUUGUCAUAGGAUACAAAAAUUCCACAUCCAUGCAUUCAAAAGGAUUAAAAAUAAAGGAAAGAGAAAGAAAAAAAGAAAGGGGAGAAAAGAGAAAAUGGAGGGUGAGCAAAAGGGAAAGGAGAGGGAAAAGAGAGAAGGAGAAAGAGUGGGAAAGAAAGGAAAAGAGAAGAAUGAAAAGAACAACAAUGCAAAAAGGAUAAAAUGAAAAAGUCAAGACACACAGUGAUAAAAAUCAUCUGCAGCACCCACAGGGUAAAUGACUAGAAUUGUAAAUAUAUGAAGAAACUGUAUAACCAAUAAUAAGGAAAAAAAUGGAAUCUAACAAAUAAGGGAAAACUUGUGGCAUUUCAGCACAGAAAAUACCCCUACGGCAAAUAAGCCUAAGAAAAUCUCUGCAGCAUCUCUGUUAGUCACUGAGAAAAUGCCCAGUCAGACAAUGAUGGGACAUCACUGCAGAUGGCUAAAAUUAAACAGUUAACGGUACCAAGUGCUGACAAGGACGCGUGGCAAACGGGACUGCUCAGGGAGCAGCGGGUCUGAGAGCAGAAUGGCACCACUUUGUUUGUGAAUUCAUCAGUGGUUCUUCACAACCUAAGCUUAUGUCAGUGGCUCAGCAAGCCUCACUCAAGAUAUUUCCAUAGAAGGAUUGAAAACGUACCUCUACAUUUGUAACAUUUUAUCCAUGAUAACUAAAACAUGGAACUAACCCAACUGUCCAUGACAGUGAAUGGGCAAUCAAAUUGGUGCACAUUCAUAAAAUGAAAUAAAACUAAAACAACAAUAAAAUGAAAGAACCCACUAGUGAACAAAAUGACAAAAUGAAUAUGUAAAAGAAAGCAACCGUGCUUUUAUUUCUAAGCCUUCUAGAAGAGAUAAACAUGUAACAUAAAUCUGUGAGACCUGUGGCUACCAGAGUAUGGGUGAGGAUGGGAUUGGCUGGUGGUGGUCCAAGCUGGACGUUUGUCAAGUCUAAUUGAAUUGUACACAGAUCGAGAGAGAUGUCUUUUACUGUGCAAAGUAUAAUAAAGUCAAUAAACAACCUGACUCUAAAAACAAAAAUGAGUGUGUGACUGCAGGAUAGGUUCAACUCAGUCACAUUGAUACCAAAUAUAGUUUUGGUGUUUGUGAUUACUUAUAAAUGUUUACAUAUAUUAAGAAAAAAAAAGAUUCUCUGGGCCAGCAAGAGGGGUCCGUACUCUAAAAGCAUUUGCUGUACAAAGCAAAGGACCUGAGUUUGAUCCCUGGAUCCCAGGGUGGGAGGAGAGAACCUACAGCCAAAUGUUGUCCUCUGGCCUUCACACACAUGGGCUGUGGCAUGUGCAUACCUGUAAUUGGCAUGCACACACGGAGAUGAUGAUGAUAAAUAAUUAAAUGGAAACUUUUAAAUGCUUUUUCUUGAUUUUUAAGACGGGAUCUUGCCAUGUACUCUGGCUUGGCUGGGACCUAUUAUGUGAACCAGGAUGGCUUUAGACUCUCUGAGAUUCUUCUGCAUCUGCCUCCUGAGUGCUGAGACUAAGGCAUGUGCCACCAUGAUUAGCCUAAAAAGAGAUUUUUAUUUUUUUUUAAAGAUUUAUUUAUUUAUUAUGUAUACAGUGUCCUGCCUACAUGUAUGCCUGCACACCAGAAGAGGGCACCAGGUCUCAUUAUAGAUGGCUUCUGGGAAUUGAACUCAGGACCUUUGGAAGAGCAGUCAGUGCUCUUAACCUCUGAGCCAUCUCUCCAGCCCUCUAAAAAGAGAUUUUUUUAAUGACCCAACUCCAAUUAUGAACUCUGCUUAUCUCUGGACAUUUAUUUUCAUGAUAUAAUAGUAUUUUUAAUUAUUUUUUGGAUGCAUGCCUCUUGUGCAUAUAUUUUUUAAAUAAUACAAAAAUAAUAAAGAAAAGGGAUUUUACUUUGUUGUAAAGUUUGUUGUUUUUUUUUUUAACUAAUCAACAUUGCAAAUACCUCACUCCAUUUUCCUGAUUUAAAAAGCAAAAUGAAGGCUAGCAGAAUGGCUCAGCUGGCCAUGCAACUUGAAUUCAGUUUCCGGAACAUAAACAGGCCUGGUGUUGCGUGCUUGUAUUCCCAGCACUGGAGAGGCUGAGACACAAGAUCGCUGGGGCCAGCAGGUCUAGCCUAAUUAGUGAGCCCCAGGCCAAUGAGAGACCCUGCCUCAAAGAAGGUGGAUGGCAUGGGUCAGAAAGUCACCCAAGAGCACCACAGGCUAAGGUUAAACAUUUAUUAUAUGGGCUUUUGGGGAACACUUCAAAUCCAAACCAAGGCAGGACAUAUCAAACUGAAAAGGAUGGAUUUGAUUUCAGGAUUUCAGGGAUGAAAUGCUUGCCAGACAUGAUCUGUCUCCAGCUCCUGGAAAAAGAAAAGAAAAAAAAAAAUUUCCUUGGAUCUAGAGUUGAGGCUCAGUGGUAGAGAGUCAUGGUAAGUGCUCAGCCCUGAGUUCAAACCACAACUCUGAAACUAAGAUUUUCUAAAAGAAAGAAAAAGAGAAUAAGAGAGAGAGAAAGAAAAAAAGAAAGAAAGAGAAGAAAGAAGGUCAAAAUAUGAAGAUACAGCACAGCAACAUUUCCUAGAAAGCCAAAAAUGAGAAAGCAAAUAUGUAAAAUAUAUAUCAUAAAGGAGAUGUACUAGAUUACUGUGAAUGACGCUGGCUGGGUGGUCCAGCAACAGCUGUCUGCGUGCAGUGAGACAGAGAACCCGCAGCACUUGGUCCACCAGGCAGGCCCCCUCAGCAGUCCCAGCCUGGGGCUAAAGGCCCAGAUGACUCUUGGAGAGUCACUGGUCUCCCAUGAAGGACGGAUGAAGACACUGUGCUCCAAGCAGCAGUGCGCACCACAGAGAAGAUACGCUCACCAGCGAGGCGUGAAGGAGGGCAGGCGAAACAGCACUGCUCUUCCCUCAGCUCUGUCAGCACCGUCUGGGCAGAAGGCACUGCCCGCUCAGGAGAGGCUCUUCCCACUCAGUUCAUCCUUCUAGGAAACGGGGCCAACAGGAAGACACAGUGAAGCCCUCUCUCAAAAAUAAAUUUUUGACAAUUUACUAAUUUAAAAUUACUUUUUCUCAGGGGCUAGAAAGGUGGCUCAGUGGUUAAGAGCACUGGCUGCUCUUCCAAAAGACUCGGGUUCAUUUCCCAGCACCCACAUGGCAGCUCACAACUGUCUGUAACUCCAGUUCCAGGGGAUCCAGCACACAUGUAGGCAAAACACCAAUACACAUAAAAGUAAGUAAACCAUUAAAAAAAAAGUCCCUCCAGUCAUCUUUUUGGUUUGGUUUGGUUUGGUUUGGUUUGGUUUGGUUUGGUUUGGUUUGGUUUGGUUGUUGUUUUUUAGGCACAUGUUUUGCACCUAACAUCUCAAGGCAAAGAGCUCCAAACAGCAAAAAAAAAAAAAAUGUAUAAUAAAAAAUUUGGGGAAAGAAAAUCAUUGUUUUUAUUUGUUGAUUUAUUUGUCUUUCACACAAAAUUUUACUAUAUAGCCCAAGGUUGCCUUGAACUCAAUUUAUAUUUCAGGUUGGCCUCAAACCUGAGAUUCUCCUGCCUCCAUCUCUGAAAUGUAGCAAGACUGAUUUUAAUACAUAACAAAUUCAGAUUUUUCCUCUAGUCUCUAUUCAUAAGACAUUCUUUUUCAUAAAUUUGUCUUGAUAAUUUUUUUCAUUUUUGGUUGAAUUUCUUUCAUGUUAGCCUCAAUGUCAAAGUAUCUUUGUUGUGAUUAAAUUACAAUUAAAAAAAUGACAAUUGCGUGUUUUAUGAGAGACAAUAUAUAAAAUAAGUUAUCCAGGUUUGCAUUAAGAUUUGUCCAACUGCACCACAAGAAGACUUACAGAGUCAACCAACCUGGACCAUGGGGGUUCACAGAGACUGAACCACCAAACAAACAGCAUGCACGGGCUGGACCUAGGCCCCCUACACAUAUGUAGCAGAUGUGCAGCUUGGUCAACAUGCGGGUCCCCUAACAAUUGGAAUAGGGGCUGUCUCUGACUCUGUUGCUGCCUCUGGAUCAUUUUCCUCUAGCUGGGCUGCCUUGUCAGGCCCCAGUGGGAAAGGAUAUGUUUAGCCCUACUCUAGUUGAUGUGUCAGGGUGGGUUGGUACCCAGGGGGUGACCUCCCCUUCUCUGAGAAGAAGGGAAGGAGAGGAAAGGAGAGAGGUCAUAAG